UAUUUUGAGGUUAUAUCAAAAUAGACAUAGUUUUUAUAUUAUUACUUAAUAUUACUGAAAAAUAGUCGCUAUGUUGCGGCGAUUAGCAUGUACGGUCGUUCAAUCCCGAGGUAUUAAACAUACUGUGAAUGUGAAAUGGGUUCGACCAGAUUACGUGCCUUCUUAUAAACCAGAGAAGUCUGGUGACUUAGAAGGUCUUCCUCCCAUACCUGAAACCGCUAUAGGCAGAGAUUAUGCUUUGUCUGACGAAAUUAAAGAUGCAUCAGAAGCUGUGCGGAAGAUAUUUUCGGUCGGCCAUCUCGGUCGCAAAGAAUACAACUUGUUGGUAAAGAAAGAGAUGAUGGAUAGGGUUAAGAGGCAUCAGUAUGAUUACAGCUCAGCUGAAACUAAAAUUGCAUACCUUACUGGCCAGAUUCGCUACCUACAAGACACAAUGGACAAGUUCCCAAGAAAUAAGAAAAUGAAGCAACUGGUUCAAGAGAGAAUUGACAAGAGGAAGAAAUUACUCAAGUUUUUGAGACAAUAUGAUUACAAGAAAUUUGAAUGGAUUUUGGAAAAACUUAAUAUUGAAUACAAGGGCCAUCCAGAUUCUUACCAUAAGCUAUCCCGAAAGGAAUCACUCCGGAAGCUAACUGAAAUGCAUUGCGAUGACAUUCGGAACAAAAAACUCUCAGACUAUCGGAGCUUACUAGAAAGUCAACAAGGGCCUUUCUUAAAACAGAAGUUAGAAGCCCUCAAGUUCAUAAGGAAUGAACAGAAAGAGCUUGAGUUACCAAUAACGGUGACAGAACAGGAUAUACAAAAAGUAGAGAAGUUGUUGGAUGAUUGGACGAUAAAGGAUGAAAUUAAACAACAGGCGCAGAAGAAAAAGAAGAGUAUUUUGUUAGAUUCAGAUUAAUUGUAGGAAUAUAUUGUUUGUAGAUCGUU